AAACAGUGCUGCCAACAUUUCGAAAAAAAUCCGCUUUCUUUCCGUCAAAAACUGCAGCCAUGAAAGCGAAGGGAGAGUUGAACGAAUAUGAGGUCAUCGGGCGCAAAUUGCCCACCGAAAAGGAGACCACCACUCCUCUGUACAAAAUGAGGAUCUUCGCCCCCGAUCCGAUUGUGGCAAAAUCCCGUUUCUGGUACUUCUUGAGACAAUUGAAAAAGUUCAAGAAAUCCACUGGAGAAAUCGUCUCCGUUAAGCCUAUUCCAGAAAGGACUCCAACCAAAAUCAAGAACUUCGGUAUUUGGCUCAGGUAUGACUCCCGUUCUGGAACCCACAACAUGUACAGGGAAUACAGAGACCUCAGCGUUUCUGGAGCUGUAACACAAUGUUACAGAGAUAUGGGUGCUCGUCACCGUGCUAGAGCUCACGCUAUUCAAAUCAUCAAAGUAGAACAAGUGAAGGCUGGCGAUACUAGAAGGCCACAAGUGAAACAAUUCCACGAUUCCAAGAUUCGUUUCCCUCUGCCCAAGCGAAUCCAACACAAUUCUAUGAACUUGUUCUCUGUCCGCAAACCAAGAACUUACUUCUUGUAAGAUGUUCUAGGUUAGGCGGGUUGCGUAUUUUUAAAUAAAUUGACCCUUUUAUUUAGGAAUUAUGUUUGUUUUAUUUCCUAAAAAUUUGCCAUACUGUUCUGAUAAUUUAAGUUUAUCAUUACAAUUUUUAAUAGUGAGUGGGUCAAAAUCUAGGGGUCAACCCAAUGAUACUAUUGAGCUGAUGUCUAAUAGAUUAAAAUUUAUAGUUUAUUUAUUUAUUUACUCAAUCAGUACACUACAGGUUAAUAAUAAGUUUUCUAAAUGGUACAUACAUGAAAAUAUGGUUUAAAAAAAUAAGAUAUAGAACAAAAUCACAGUGAACAAUAGUUCGACUAGUAGUACAUAUAACAAAUAUAAAUUAAAAUCCAAAGCUUAGACACAACGUGUAACCGACAAUAAGGAACAAUUUAAAAGAUCACACUCCCUAUAUUUUCUGUUGUAAUUUCAAAUCGUUGUGUCCACAAAAGCUGUGAAUCCAUAAUUUGUUCUGUGCGGGUGCUCAUAAAAAAGUUGAUGUAGCCGGUUCGUCUAAUGGGGACCAAAAAUAAUAUUGAUUCCAAUAAUGUGCUGCAAUCUAUCCAAUUAUUCAGGAUUUUGUAAAGAAUUAUGAGUAGGGCGUGUUUCCGUCCCUGCUCAAGAAGACUCAUCAUCCCACACAGCAACAGUCUGGUUUCAUAAGGUAUUCCAGAUGAAGGAGGCGUUGUAAAGACAUGUAAGUGCCUCUGUGUCGUUGAUGUGUUUGGUAUUUCGCUUAAUGAAGCCAAGCAAUCUGCAGCUUUUGACAACAAUAUUAUCGAUGUGAAUUUUGAAUAUCAGUUUUUGAUCGAACGUUACUCCAAGAUGGUUGAUGAAUUCCACAUUAUCAAUUUGUUGACCACCAAUCUUAUAUGUUGACAUGUGAGGAGAUGUACUCUUGUGGAAUGUUAUUGAUUUGCAUUUAGAUAUGUUGAUUUUCAGUAGGUUCGUAGAACACCAAGAAGCAAAUCUGUCGAACAAACUACACAUCUUUAUUAGAAGUGGAAAUUGUGAAUUACUAGGCGAAAUUAUAUGCCUACUUGAGAAGAUAUUUUUUAAACUCUUUCGCCCUUGAGCAGAUAUAAAUUAUAAAUGAUAUUCCUAUUUUCAAUUUUCAUAACAAAUGUUCCAGAGUUGCUAAAUGAAAUGCCUCAAGGAAUACUUUCUUUGAUGAUUUUGCCCCAAUAAACUUCAGGUGUUUUUCUCAAAGCUAUAAUCAGCAACUUUGACUAUGAAGAUUUAUUAUUAAACUGUCUUCCCUGGUAUGCUGUUUCUUAAUAUAAUAAUGUUCUUUGUUGCUGAAUUUGUAAAUUUCAGACAUUUUCCAAAUAUUCUAAAACGACUUGUCACUAGUCCAUGAAGGUUGUGGUCCUUUAACUUUUGGCCUAAAUUUCACAGUUCCGAUUGAUGGACUGCAGGUGGGGUGUCAGAAUAUGACCCUAGCUAACAAUUUCAUGUUCUAUAAAAAUCCUAAGAACGUUCCCAGAGCAAAUUUUAUAGAGCAAUGUUUGGUUUAUAACUAUUGAGAUGUUGUACCUACUGUAUAAAACAAUAUGUUCUAUAAUAUGGAGCCCGUGUUAUGAGAAUCAUAAAUAUAGUAUUGAAAAAAUUCAAAAUAAAUUUUUGAGAUAUUUACACUACAAGGAAACAGGGCGAUACGAAAUGCAUAUACCAAAAUUAGAAAUCAUGAAAGCUCAUAAUAUACAAACGCUUGAAGGCAGGAGGAAAUUUUCUACAAUUAUAUUUCUUUAUAAAAUAUUAAAUAACAUGAUAAAUGCUCCUUAUUUGUUGAACCAAAUUAAAUUUUAUGCUCCGACAUAUAGAACACGAAAUCCUUUGAGCUUAUAUACUGAUAAUACUCGAACUAAUUACUACAACAACUCGCCUGUUAUUGUAAUGUGUAAAUUAUACAACCAAAUGCGCCUACAAUUUGAUAUGUGGAAUUUAAGUUCUGUAAGUAGGCUGAAAUUAAUACUUAAUGAUAUAUUUGUACAAAUGUAGCUUUUAAUGUUAAGUUACUCUCUCGAUGACUCUUUACUUUACUUUAUAUUUUUGCUUCCACUUAGGUUAGUCUUCUACCCUACUCUGUAACUGGAUGUAAAUCUGUAGAGUUUGUAAUGAAU